AUGGAAGCUAUAUUAAAUUUUAAUGACCCUUUCAAUGUUGGCCUCUUAGAUAUGGUCAUUGAUUGCCUGUACAGAGGUUCUCCUCAAGAGAUCCAAUCAGCGCAAAGAGUACUUACUCAGUUUCAAGAACAUCCAAGCGCUUGGACCCGAGUCAAGCAAAUAUUGGAAACAUCAAAUAAUGAAAACUCAAAGUUUUUUGCUCUUCAAGUAUUGCUUAAAGUUGUUCAAACAAGAUGGAAAAUUCUUCCUCAAGAUGAACGAGAAGGAGUGAAAAACUUUAUUGUGAUUACUGUGAUUAAUUGCUCGAAAGAUGAGGCUUACUUUAGAAGUCACAAGCUAUUCAUCAAUAAGCUUAACGAAGUUCUUGUAGCAAUUGUGAAACAAGAAUGGCCUCAAAAUUGGCGUAAUUUUAUUCCCGAAAUUGUCAACUCGAGUCCUUCAAAUGAAAACCUAUGCGAAAACAACAUGAAUAUUCUCAAGCUUUUGAGUGAGGAAGUGUUCGACUUUUCAGCAGGAAAAAUGACUCUCAAAAAGAUGACCCAACUCAGCGAAAGCUUCCGAAAUGAAUUUUCCUUAAUUUAUCAACUUUGUGAGGCCAUUCUACAGGGCGCACAAAAACCAUCACUUCUUAGUGCCACGUUACAAACUUUAUUGCGAUUUUUGAAUUGGAUUCCUCGCCCUUACAUUUUUGAAACGAAUAUGCUAGAAGUUCUAAUUACCAAAUUUUUGCCGGUCCAACAGUUCAGAAAUGAUACACUGAGUUGUCUCACUGAAAUUGUAAGCAUGGUAGAACCAAAAUAUGAUGAAAAGUUUGAAUUAAUCUUUGUUUUUGUUAUGCGGGUGAUGCCAAAUAUCCUUCCACCAAGUACCAAUUUACCGAGCGCAUACAAGAAUGGAAGCGACUAUGACCAAAAGUUCGUCCAAAUUUUAGGCCUCUUUUUAACAUCAUUCUUCACAAACCACUUGGCUGUUGUAGAGAAGGAUCAGCAUACACAGCUUGUACUCGAGGGCCAUCAAUAUCUUGUUGAAAUUUCCAAGGUAGAUGAAACCGAAAUUUUCAAGAAUUGCCUCGAUUAUUGGAUUUAUUUUUCAAGAGAUUUGUAUUUCUCUGAGAAGAAGGCAAAUCAAACCACACUCUAUGAACCUCUCAUGCUUAAUAGACCUACCUCUGCAAGAAAAGCAAUUUAUUCACGAAUCCUCUCACAAGUAAGACUAGUAAUGGUCUCAAAGAUGGCCAAACCAGAGGAAGUGAUCAUUGUUGAGGAUGAAAAUGGACAGAUUGUGAAAGAGUACAUGAAAGAUGUUGAUGCCAUUCAACUGUACAAGAGCAUGCGUGAAGCUUUAAUUUAUUUGACUCACUUGGAUUAUAUAGAUACUGAGAAAAUCAUGUUGGAGAAACUACGUGCUCAGCUCAAUGGAUAUGAAUGGUCUUGGCAUAAUUUGAACACCUUGUGUUGGGCUAUUGGUUCAAUCAGUGGUGCUAUGGAGGAAAAAAGACGAAAAGAGAUUUGUAGUGACCGUAAUCAAGGAUUUGUUGAACAUGUGUGA